AUGCGUUUCAUCACUGCCCUCGCCGGCUUGGCCGGUCUUGCCUCUGCCACCGUCGGCGUCAAUGCUGACGUUGAAGCCGAAGUCCAGGUUGGCGGUCUUGUCCACGUUGAUGUCGAUGUCGACCUCGACAUCAGCAUCCUCAAGGCCAAGAAGGCCAAUGCUGGCUACAAGUGCCCUCACAACAUGAGCUACUGCCCAUGGACCAAGGCUUGCGCCUGUGCUCCUGGCCAGAAGCUUGACCUCAAGACCAAGGCCUGUGUUGGCAAGAAGCUCGAGGGUGCCUGGCCCAAGCCUGACAUCAGCAUCUACGCCUCCGCCGAUGUCAAGCUCGGUGCCUUCUGCGCCAAGUCUCCCACCAAGAUCGUCAAGUACAACCCCAAGCACGAAUACUGCCAGGCCAGCCUGCUCACCGUUGUCUUUGCCGCCGUCGCCGAUAUUGAGCUCGAGCUCAAGGCCGAUGUUGAGAUUGACCUCAAGGCCAACAUCAGCGCUGACCUGAAGAAUGUUUGCGGUGCCCUGACUGGUCUCUACCUCGAGAGCGUUGUCGAUGCCGUCGUUGCCUUCAACACCGAUCUCCUUGGCCUUGCUGUCAUCGAGGCUGAUGUCCAAGCCAGCCUGGGUCUUGGCCUCCUGAAGCUUGUCAAGGGUCUCACCUGCAAGCUUGGUCUCACCAAGUGCAACUACGACUGCGUUGCCUACUGCACCAAGGGCUGCCCUCAGUACAUUGACGUUGUUGGCGAGCUCGGUGGUCGUAUCACUGGCCUCGUUGGUUUCUGCAUUCUGCCCAAUGUCAUCUUGGUUGUCAACAGCCUCAAGGUCGUCGUCAACGUUGUCGUUGAGGGUCUGCUCUGCCUUGUUGGCGGUCUCAUCAAGACCAUUCUCUCCACCUUCGACUGCAACUGCAAAUAA